UUCUCCGCCCUGCUGGGGGCGGGAGGUGAGACCCGGAUGAGGCAGCAGCUGGCUGCUGCUGUGUGAGGCGGCGCGGACCGCGGAGGAGCCGCGCGGGUGUCUCGGGCGGACUAAGGCGGAGGCUGCGCCUCCCCCGCCCCGUUCCCAGCCCCUCCGCACCUGCCCCAGCUCCAUGCCCACAAGAUGGAGGCGGCGGCGCUGGUGUGAGGGGGGAGCCCGUGCCCAGGUGCGCGCCUGGCGGGCGUCGAGGCGGAGAUGCUGCUGGUCUAUGUGAUCCUGAUCUCGGCUCUGGCCGGUUCCUGCAUCACGCUGCUGCUCCAGCUGCUGCUGCUCUACAGGAGGAAGCCGGAGCCCCCCGGGGUGGCCAGAGCCCCCGGCGGCCUCUUCUUCGCCAGGGUCCUGCCUGACCUCAGCCUCAGGGACUAUUUCCACGGCUCAGACCCGGCGGGCAGCCAUCAGCCCCAGGAGCCUGCCCCCGCCGCCGCCUCCGCUGCUACCCCCUCCCCGGGCGCCGCCAAGCCCCAGGCUGAGCCCGGCGCCAAGCAGCAGCAGCAAGAGCCCCCUGCGCCCCCUUCCUCCCGAGAGGAGACCUGCUACUUCCUCAAUGCCAUCUGCCUCUUCCUCUUCAGGGAACUCAGGGACACCUCCCUGGUCAGGCACUGGGUCACCAAGAAGAUCAAGGUGGAGUUCGAGGAACUGCUGCAGACCAAGAUGACGGGCAAGGUGCUGGAGGGGCUCAGCCUCAGGGAUGUGUCGCUGGGCGACGUGGUGCCCAUCUUCAAAUCCAUCAAGCUCAUCCGGCCAGUGAUCUGCAGUGAUGAGGGCUGCCCCGAGGAACUGGGCUUCGAGGUGGACCUGGAGUAUAAUGGUGGCUUCCACCUAGCCAUCGAUGCGGACCUGGUCUUUGGCAAGUCGGCGUACCUCUUCGUCAAGAUCUCCCGGGUGAUGGGGAAGCUGAGACUGGUCUUUACCCGCUUGCCCUUCACGCACUGGUCCUUUUCUUUCAUGGAUGAUCCUGUGAUAGGCUUUGAGGUGAAAUCCCAGUUUGAGGGGAGGCCCAUGCCCCAGCUCACUUCUAUCAUCGUCAACCAGUUCAAGAAGGUCAUCAAGCGCAAGCACACCUUACCCAAUUAUAAAAUCAGGUUCAAGCCAUUUUUUCCAUUUCAAGUUAUGUCACCUGAGGAAUAUGAAGAUCGGGAUCUCAACAUACAAGAUUUUCCAUUGACAGAAGGCCGACUUAAAAUUACCUUAAUAGAAUGUACAAGAUUACUGAUUUUUGGAUCCUAUGAAAGAGAAACGAAUGUUCAUUGCACGUUUGAGCUGAGCAGUAAUGUCUGGGAAGAAAAAUCUCGGAGUUCCAUUAAAACGGCAGAACUAAUUAAAGGGAAUUUACAAAGUGUUGGACUCACUCUCCGUCUAGUGCCAUCUAAGGAAGAGGAUGGAGGACAUGUUGUUGUUGAAACUGUUACACCAAACUCCCCUGCUGCAGCUGCUGAUCUUCAACGGGGAGAUAGACUUAUAGCAAUUGGAGGAGUUAAAAUCACAUCGACUGUUCAAGUGCUAAAGCUUAUCAAGCAGGCUGGCGACAGAGUUUUAGUGUUCUAUGAAAGGCCCGUUGGUUAUAAUCAGCAUGGUGCAGCACUGCAGGAUGGUUUUGGACAGUUAGAAGACCCUGCUUUUCUGGCACACCCAGAAGAGGAACAAACUUGUGUUUCAGCAGAUGCUGAUAACAAAGAACUGGAUUCAGAAUUUGAAGAUUUAGCUUGUGAGAUAAAGUCACCUGAGCUCAAAGAAGAGAUGCCAACAACUCAGAGUCCCAAACGUUCUGUAGUAACAUUUGCUACUAAACCACUUGGAACAAUAUCUCCAAUUCUAAAUCGCAAGCUGCAUUUAGGAAAUUAUCAGACAAAUUUAAAAACACAACCAAAAGAUGGAGUCAAACUGGUAGUACCCAAAAAUUCCGAGGACACAUCACAACAAUCAGUUAGACCACCUCAGGGGAGCAGUACUAAACCUCCUGUACCACCUAGGCCACAAAUUAAACUUACUUUGCCUUCUAGUGAAACUCAAAAUCUGUUAGAAACAGGAGACAUAUCUUCUGAAAAACCAGAGAGGCCUCCUCCACCUGCAAACAAUGGAGAUAAAUGCACAGAAAAGGUAACAAAAAAUAAUGAUCAAUUGGAAGACCCAGCGAUAUCAAAACCAACAGUAACAAAACCAGAAAUAGUAAAAGAUACAAUUUCAGAAAAUUCACGUAGUUCUAAGGAAAGUGAUGACCAUCACACAUGGGAAUCACCAGAAAUUCCUUAUCGCAAUCGACAAGGUCGAUGGGCAAGGAUAAGGGCAUCCUCCUGUAUAUUUGAAGUGGAAGGAUACCAUAAGUACCUUAAUGUUGCACUUUGGUGCAGAGACCCUUUCAAAAUGGGUGGUCUUAUCUGUUUAGGACACAUAAGUAUAAAACUUGAAGAAAUUGCUUUAGAUUGUAUAGCUACAUCAUCCAUGGAAUACCUUAGAACACUUAGAUUAAAUGCUCCUGCGCCUAAAGCAGCAGUCACUAGAACUGCUUUGCGCAAUUUGACAGUGCAUAAGGGAUUCAAUGAAAAGUUUUGCUAUGGCGAUAUAACUUUACACUUUAAAUAUCUAAAAGAAGGGGAACCAGAAGACUCAAGUUUUCUGCUGGAGAAAGAAAAGGAAUAUAAUUUGGUAGAAGAAGUUCAUGCACUUCAGAAAGAAGAUCCUUAUCUGGGACAAAUGAUUUUUACGGAAAACAAGCAUAAUUUUCAAGAUACUCAGUUCCAGAAUCCAACCUGGUGUGACUAUUGCAAAAAGAAGGUUUGGACUAAAGCAGCUUCUCAGUGCAUGCUCUGUGCUUAUGUUUGUCAUAAAAAAUGUCAAGAAAAAUGUCUAACUGAGACCCCAUUUUGUGUAGGAGCUGAAAGGAGACUUGACCGAAUUAUGGGAAGUUAUAGGAUAGAUGGGCAGGAAGGUCCUCAAGCUGUAUCCUCUCGUGUUGAUUCAGAAUCUAAAUCUGUGAACAAAACCACAGGUUUAACAAGACAUAUCAUCAACACAAGUACCCGUUUGUUAAAUCUUCGUCAAGUCCCUAAAGCUCGCCUUGUUGAGCCAGGGAUGGACGUUGUAGAACCUUCACCAAAGCACACUCCAAACACUUCAGAUAAUGAAAGCAGUGACACUGAAAUUUGCAGUCCAAAUAGUCCCUCAAAACGUGCAGUUAGCACAGGGAUAAAGUUAGCAAAAAAGGAGGGAGGACUAGAUGACAAUGUCUUCGUUGCAGUAAAAGAAAUUGGCCGCGAUCUCUAUAAAAGCUUGCCUACAGAGGAAAGGUUCCAGAAAUUAGAGUUCAUGUUGGAUAAACUGCAGAAUGAAAUAGACCAAGAAUUGGAAAAUAAUAAUUCACUCAUUCGAGAAGAAAAAGAGACAGGUGAUGCAAGGAAAAAAGCACUAAUUUCUGCUGCAUUGGCUAAAUCAGGUGAAAGACUGCAAGCCCUUACACUGCUUACGAUCCACUACAGAGCAGGCAUUGAGGAUAUAGAAUCUUUGGAAAAUGCACCUUUAGACCAGCAAUCCAGAAAAAUGACUAAAUAUGCAGAAGACACUAGCACUACAGAAGAAAUGGAUCAUGAAGAUGUCAGUGUGACGGAGGCUCCAACAUUCAACAGCAUAUCGGAAGAACCGCUUGACACUCCUCACUCAGUAGACUGAUAGUUGCGUAUUUGGCUUUCGGAAGAAUGGAUUGAAAAGAAUACUUUGCACUUAAUAAAAAAAAAUCAGAUAAGUCAAAAUUUAAUUAAACACUGGUACAAUGUACAUGACCUGCUUCACCACAGUUAUUUGCCUGUGUAAGAGUAAGGUUAGUAGAGGUAUUUUUCCAGCUACAGUACCACCAUUUUGUUAAACAGGCUGGUUCAGAUUGUGUUAAAACUACAUUUUUGGGUUUAUACUGGGAGUUUAUUUUUAAUAAUUUAUUUUUAACUUUUUUCUAAUUAUGUAAGCUAACAUUUCAUGUUAAUGUAUAUGUGGUGUCCUUUGUGUAUUAUUGACCUUUUUUUGUUUUUGAAUUAGUGAUUUGAACAGGAAAUUUUUGAACAGGAUUUUUGAAAUGUUUGAUUUCCAUUAGAUGACGAAAACAUUGUGAGCUUGCUGCAUGCCUAAACUGAUGACAACACAGCAGUCAUUGAGGGACCAGGUUUUGAAAUUUUGAUCAUGUUGCAUUGAUUUAUGUCUUCUAAAUAGUUGUAUAUUUUUUGCCAAAUGUAUCAUGACAACACUGUGGCUUUUAUUUUGUCUGUUAUAACAACUGUCCAGUAAAGGUAUUAUUGCAUAUCAAGUUGCUUGCUUUCUAUACUUUCGUUAAACACAGGUAACUUUUCAAAAGUUGUGGCUAAUCUGAAAUAUAGUAAUGCUGUACCAAACAAAAUAUUUCCUCCUUAGACCUUUGGGAUAUUAAACUCUGUUUGAAUAUAAUACAUAAUUAUGUACCAAUAUUGUUUAGUAAUUUUAUUGGAGUAUUCCAGCAAAAGUAGCAAUAUUAUUUUUAUUAAGAUAAAAAUAGCUGGCAGCCUUAUAGAAUAUAAUCACAUUUUUAAAUGUUGUAACAUUUUAACCUAUUAAAGGAAAAUGGCAGUUCUAAAAUGUGGAUUUUUAGAAUUAGCAUUACCACUCUCCUUGCAAAGGCAUCCAAGGAUGUUUAAGAUUUCAAAAGGUUUAAGAUUUAUUUUGCACUCACAGUGCAAAAUAAAUUUCAUAUUUAAACAGAAUCACUAUAUGCUACGUGUCUCAACACUUCUGGUGUCACCAUGAAUUACAGAACUGCAUUCAGCCACUCAAACAGAAGAAACAGUUUGAGCAAAAAGACCACCUUAUUCAGCAAAGUAUAACAUCUUUGCAUUGGAUCAAAACAAAUAAGUCCAGUUGAGGUGAGGAGGAAUUUUGGCCAGCACUUUUUGAAAAGAACCAUCUGGUCUUGUGCUGUGUGUAAGUUUUGGAUCCUAGCAUCGUCUGGCUAAGUAUGAUAUUCCUAUUGAUUUAUUAUAAAUGUGUCUUGAGGUUUCAUCUUGUAUAUGUAGAUAGACCAUAUAUUGUUUUCAUCUUUAUUUUAGGUACUGUAUUGUAUCAUGGAUUGUAGCAAAUAGGCCUUUGUGCAACAACAGUGACGCUAAUACAGUUAAAUUGUUUGUUUUUUUGUUUUUUAAUGAUUUUAAUUGGCAGGCAGGCACUAACAUAGUAUUCUGUUCAAUUUGUCUCUCAAUUUAUUUUGUGAUGGACAAAAACAAAAAAAACAAUAGUUUUAGCAGGAAAAACCUAUUUGUACUUUUAAGUAAAACCAAUUACUUGCACUCAUGCAACACCCUUUUUUUGUGAAGCUUUGGGGCACCUGAUGAUUAUUUAGCUGAUGUGUGGAAAACACUAUCCAUGCUCAAAUAGGCAUGUAUUACACUUUUUAAAAUUCUGCUUCAGCAAACAGUCUCACAAAAUAAAAUCCUUUUAAUGACUAAAAUAGUUGUUUAACCCUCUAUUUGAUUAAAAUGUGUAUUAUAUCUUUCACAUUUUAUUUUUGAUUAGCUCACCAUUGGUGGUAAUCUGGACUAAAUCUCCAUCAGUGUUAACUCAUUAUGGAUUACCAUAAGAGCUUUCAAAUAUAUCCAAGUAAAUCAUUAAACUCUGCCAGGCAUGAAGUAGCUGCAGAAAUAACAUAAAUUUGUGUUUUUCACAAAAACACAUUCAAGGUUUUAAAUGAUAUAAUUGUGUAAUACAUUGGAUAUGAAAAGCUGGAUAUAACUUUCUUCAUAUAACACUGCUAAUGAUGAUUGUAAAACAUAAAAAAAUGUAGUGCAAUAUUUUUAAAUAUGUUGAAUGGGGAGGGGAAAUAGUUGUAUUUGAGUCAUAAGGAAAACAUAAAAAUUUUAUCUGGCAUUAAUUACAAUAAACACUGACUCUUGAGGAAAAGCUGUAAUACCACAUUCCUAAUGUAAUCUUUGCUUUCCUGUAAAUAGCUGAAAAUAAAGAAUACCACAGAAAAUGAGAAUAUAUUUGACUUAGUGAUAUGUAGCUAGGUGGCAGCUACACGUAUUUACAGAAACUCUGCCUGAUAUGAUUUUGUUGGCUAUGAUUUUAUCAUGAGAACAAGCUUUAAUAAAAUAGUUUUGCUAAAUUA